UCUYAAUCCCUCGAUUGAUGAGCCAUCGAGUGUCGUAUCUGAGGAGCUCUGUCUYAAAUCUACAAAAUUUUCACCAAAAUCUUCAUCAAAUUGCAAAUUUGUUAAAGGUUGGGUAUUACGUGACAAAGAUACAUCGUUGGAAACAAUUUUGAAUUUCAGGGAACAAAUUCUUACCGAUCAGAGGUCAUCCUCGUUGUAGCAAAACAACUCAGCCAAAGCAAAGGAACUCGUUCAAGGGGAACAUUUAAAAUACAUAAUGACAAGUAAAAAAUCCAAGAACUCGUCAAAGGACAACGCAGAACACAUCAUUCAAAUUCGAGCCAAGGACAUGAGUCUUUCACGUGAAAAGAAGCAAUCAAGUUGCGGAUGCUGCGGCAAGAAAUACGUAUCGCUUGGCRUUGUUGGGUUUGCACUCUUGGCCGUGGGCUCGUUGCUUGUGAUGGCUCAUUUUAGCAUUCGAAAAAUCACAACAUCAGUUGUCCUGACGCAGAAUUCAUUCCCGUGUUACAUCACGGGAGGAGUGAUGGCUGCAAAUGGGUUGCUAUGCUUAAUCAUGUCCAAGAAAAGACCGCGAUGCMUGGUCAUCUUAUCMAUUAUGACAACAAUUGCAGCAAGUCUCCUGUGCUUUGCCGGCGCAGUCUUCUCCCUAACUAAUGUGGCCCCAAUGCUCGCAAGCUUCGACAAGUGUCAAUACUUUCCAAUGGAGGUUUCGUGUCGAUGUUUUUUCACAAGUGAUCUCCGACAAGUCUCGUACAUUUUCCGGGGAACCAAUAAUUGCAAAGUUGUGCAGUUUGAUUUGAAAAACAUGGUGUAUGGCGUUAGUGGUGUCUAUGGAGCAGGACUUGCUUUGUGCUUGGUUGCAGGUGUCAUGGAGAGUGUGCUGAUGUGCGCUAAGCGACGAACAAAGCGUCUAUCAUAUCGCUCAAGAUACGAAGGUGACGGAAAGACAGACUCGACAUCACGSCAGUCCCAGACCUCUCAAACCAACCUUACUCUCAGCUGUUCUGAGGCCGAGUUAAUUGCAGCUGCAAGUUCUUCUUCUGCGCAUGCUUCGACAAGUACAGCGUCCAAUACGCAAACGAGGCGAGAAUCUCAAACAAGACGCGAGUCUCAAACCGCAUGCGCACGACAACACGCUUGUUCGCAUUACGUAGUUGACUUGGACCCAGUACCACGAAGAGACUAYUGUAUAAACUAUAACACGGCGUCAUCAAGACAUGACCCACCACCUCCUUAUACGGAAUAAGUCCAUAACAGCUGCUCACCAUAGCAACCUAAGUCCCAGGCCUUUUUCUCGACAAACAAAAAAGGGGCCUGGAAUUGAGUAUAUGGACUGAACUGCGCUCAUCAUGCUGAUUGUAUUUAGAAGUGUCUGAAUGGCUCUUGACACCGAACAGUGAUUGCAAAACAUUGAGGACUUUUUUAAACAUUCAAUCAACGUUAAAUAGAAGUACCCUAUUCUACGUUUUCAGUUAAUUUUGUAAAUAUCAUAAAUCAAAUAGUGACACGUGACUGAACGAAAAGAAGAAAUUUCAAGUCAAAAAACAAAAGACUUGUCUGACUAUGAUAGUCGCAUUAUAAUAUAUAUGUAAAUAAUAGUGUAAAUAAGAUUUUCUUUAUUGACAGCUCAAUAAAU